GCAGGACUCUUUGAGGUUUGAGGACACAGAGCAAGAAUGAAGCUGCCAAACCCAGGUCUGGAGGAACGGAUCCCAUCCCACGAUGAUCUAGAGGAUAUGGAGAAGGUUCAGGCUAAAGACCGUCCUCAGUGGGACAAUAAAGCUCAGUACAUGCUCACCUGUGUGGGGUUCUGUGUGGGACUGGGGAACGUCUGGAGGUUCCCUUACCUGUGUCAGAGCCAUGGCGGAGGAGCAUUCAUGAUCCCGUUCCUUCUGCUUCUGGUUCUGGAGGGAAUUCCUCUCCUGCAUCUGGAGUUUGCCAUCGGACAGAGACUGAGGAAGGGCAGCAUUGGGGUCUGGAGGUCCAUCAGCCCUUACCUUACUGGGCUUGGUAUUGCCUCCAUGCUGUGUUCCUCCAUAGUGGGUCUGUACUACAACACCAUCAUAGCCUGGGUCAUGUGGUACUUCUUCAACUCGUUCCAGGACCCACUGCCAUGGACCCAGUGCCCCUUAAAUGAAAACAGAACAGACGUGGUGUCGGAAUGUGGCCGCAGUUCCUCUGUGGAAUAUUUCUGGUACAGAGAGACUCUGAACAUCUCAACCAGCAUUGAGGACUCAGGCGGAUUGCAGUGGUGGAUGGUGCUGUGUCUGAUCGCAGCAUGGGCGGUUCUCUGGAUCUGCUGCAUUCGAGGCAUUGAAACCACUGGAAAGGCCGUUUACGUCACAUCCACUCUCCCCUACCUGGUCCUCACCAUCUUCCUGAUCCGAGGACUGACCCUCAAAGGCUCCAUUGAUGGGAUCAAAUUCCUCUUCACUCCUGAUGUGAAAGAGUUGCUGAACCCUUCCACCUGGCUGGAUGCAGGUGCUCAGGUGUUGUUCUCCUUUUCAGUUGCUUUUGGAGGACUCAUCUCAUUCUCCAGCUACAACCCAGUGCACAACAACUGUGAAAAGGAUUCAGUGAUAAUCUCUAUCAUAAAUGGAAUGACCUCGGUAUAUUCAGCUACAGUCAUCUACUGCAUCAUUGGCUUUCAAGCCACAGAAAAAUAUGAGGAAUGUCUAGGAAGAAACAUUUUGGCCCUCAUAAAUACAUUUGAACUUCCAGAUGGGAACAUUACAGAGAGUAACUAUGAUGAAGUUGUACAGGUUCUCAACAGCACAUCACCAUCAAUCAUUCAGAAGCUCAGUCUGGAGACCUGUGACUUGCAGACUUUCCUCAGUCAGGGAGUAGAAGGUACUGGUCUGGCCUUCAUCGUGUUCACAGAGGCCAUCACCAAGAUGCCCAUUUCUCCACUGUGGGCAGUGCUGUUCUUCAUCAUGCUCUUCUCUCUGGGACUUUCCACCAUGUUUGGCCAUGUUGAAGGGGCUGUAAGGCCUCUGCAGGACCUGAAUGUUUUACCCAAGACUUGGUCAAAAUCUGUUUUAACAGGUCUGACAUGUCUGGUCUCCUUCAUCAUUGCCCUUGUGUUUGUGCAGUCUUCUGGAAACUACUGGCUAGCGCUGUUUGAUGGGUUUGCAGCAUCUAUUCCGCUGCUCGUAGUAGCCCUGUGUGAGCUCCUUGCAAUGGUUUACAUCUACGGCAUUGACAGGUUUAAUAAAGACAUGGAGUUCAUGGUUGGUCAUAAACCCAACAUCUUCUGGCAGGCUACCUGGAGAGUCCUCAGUCCUCUCAUCCUCUUUGUCAUCCUUGUUUUCUACCUUAUAAAAACUGUUAGCACAAAGCCAACCUACAUUGUCUGGGACCCUGACUCGCCGGGUUUCCCAGCACUGGCUGAAGUGGCUUAUCCUGACUGGAUCAGCGGCAUUAUAUUCAUCCUGGCUGGAAUUCCGUGUCUCUGUAUUCCUGGAGUGGCUCUCUUUAUGAUUAUAUGGAAGCGUUAUUGUAAAAGACAUUCAGAAAAAUCAAGCCUUAGCAUCAUAUCUGAUAAAGUGCCCAUGAGCAUAAAAACACCAUGAAGUCACAAUAAAUUAAGAAUUUGAAUCUAUCUGUCAUCCUGUA